AUGAAGUCUCAGCAAUCCCUCACUCUCCUCCUCCUCGCUCUUCUCAGCACCCCUACUACCCUUGCCGCACCAACAAGCUGGACAGUGGUAGACCUCGGCGACAAGCUAGGCGGAAUCGCCAACGUUGCUGCUGGUGCUGGAGGUUCUGCAGGUGCUGGAGGCGCCGCUAGCGGCAAAGGCGAAAUCGAUGUUACCCUGGGGAAGGUUGGCGCCCUGCUCGGAGGCGGCGCCGCUACGGGUGGGAAAGGUGCUGGGCUGGACCUAGGUGGCUUGCUUGGGGGCCUAGUUGGUGGCAAAGGAGGAGUCUUCGUUGAAGGCGCUGCUGGUGGGAAAGGAGAGGUCGAGGGCGGUGUUGGCGGGUCAGGCAAGGUAGAUGGCGGUGUUGAGGGCUCUGCUGGCAUUGGCGGUUCUGCUGGUGUCGGAGGCUCUGCAGAAGGAGCAGUCGGAGGCAGCGGCAAGGGGCAGGCUGGAGGUGAUGAGUGGGUCUCUGUAGGCGGUGAGGCAAGUGGUGAAGCCAAUGCCGGUGUCGAUGGAGGCGCUGCUGGCUCAGGAAGUGUUGGCAUUGGAGGUUCUGGAAGCAUCGGUGUUGGUGGAGGCGCAAAUGCUGGUGUUGAAGGCGGUGCACAAGCUGGUGGCGGCGUCGGAGGCGGUGCAUCAGGAGGUGUAGACGCCAGCAUCGGCGGAGGUAUCGAAGGUGGCGCAAGUGCUGGUGUCGGCGGCGGCGUGCAAGGCGGAGCAGGUGCAGGUGUCGGAGGAAGUAUCGAGGGCGGAGCCAACGGAGGCGUCAAGGGCGGAGCAAGCGGAAGCAUUGGUGGCGACUUGAGUGGCAAGAUCGGUGGUGCCAUCGACUUGGUCUUAGGCGGAGGUCUGUCAGGCAAGGCUGGUCUGGAGGCCGUUCUGGAAGGAGCUUUGGGUGGCAAGCUUGGAGGCUCGAUCGACCUUGAGGCGCUCCUGGGUGGGAUCUGCAAGAAAUGA